GCCCAGUGCCAAGCCCCGCCCCGAGCUGUCGGAGCCCAUGGCGCCUGCGACGGGGCGCUGGGCCCCCGGCCUGUGGCGGGCGUGCAACUGGCUCAUGGCCGCGUUCUUCGCGCUGGCGGCCUUGGUGCAGGUAAAUGAUCCGGAUGCAGAAAUAUGGAUGGUGGUGUACCUGAUGCCUGCGGUGCUGAGCCUACUUGUGGGACUUAACCCUCUCGUCACGGGCAACUUCAUCUGGAAGAGUGUCUCUGCAAUACACAUAUUGCUUUGUAUGGCGUGGGCUGGCAGCUUGGCGGGCCACCUCUGGCUUCACUCCCAACAGAACAUCCUACAUGAGGAAGAAGGCAGGGAGCUGUUUGGUCUGGUGAUUAUCACAGUAUGGAUGGGCCUGUGUCACAGUUCAUCAAAGAAUCCAGCUGGUGGAAGAAUUCAGCUGGCUGUUGCCAUUAUAAUCGCUCUCCUCCCGUUUAUCUCUUGGGUCUACAUCUACAUAAACAAGGAGAUGAGGUCCUCCUGGCCAACUCACUGCAAGACAGUAAUUUAAAUCAAGUCAAGAAUCCUCUUCUUCAAAUGAGUAUUGUCAUUCAAUUGUUUAUAAACAUGGUUGUAACAAGCCGAUUUCCUAGGAGUUUAUUUUGCUAAUUUGAGCUAAUAUUAGUGGUGAUUAAAAAAAAAUCCUAAGAACUUUCUGAGGAUGCCUAUGACACAGCAUGGGUUUGCACGGGUCUGGUAAGAGAUGGGGGUCUGACAUUCAGUUGUGUCACAGUGUAGUAGAAAAGGCCCAGGAUGAAAGUUCGGAAAUAUGAAUUCUAACUCAGCUUCUCACUACCUAUAUGACUUGGGCAAAUAUGUGAACCUCCUGGUGGAUGUCUUCAUCUGUAAAAUAGGAUUAAUGCCAGAUCUCCUACUUGCUUGUGCAGUUGCAAGGAUUAGCCUGGAGGAUAUGCAAGCACUCCAAAAAUACCAAGUGCUUAUAAGGGGCUACACGUGAUUAAAACAGAGGAAAGCAGGGUUUGGUGGUAGGGUAGAUACUGAAAGGGCUCAAGAAAUGGCUAUGCGCCUGCACUGAACUCACUAUAUGGGACCAGCGCAGUGCCAUUAACUAAAUGAGGACGCCAAGUGAAUGCGUGUGUCUUAGAAAGAAAGGAGGGUUAGGUAGAACAAAGGAAUUUGGGACCAAAAGGAAAGAGGGAAUAUCAACUACAUUGUAAAUUUAAAAUAAGACCAAAAUCUGUACACACUUUUAAAAAAUGAGUGUCAAAGGUAACCUGGGGGAGACCAAAGUCAUAACCUACAGUACCAUAACCGUGAUGCCUACACACACACACGACAUGGGAAUGUCACUACGGUGCAUACUGUAUGACAUGAUAACAUAACCAUAACAUGUUGCAUUGAGCACCUGAAAUGUGGCCAGAUCGAGGAAGUACAAUCCUACUUUUUUUGUUUUAAUUUUAAAACAUGUCAGUUCAAUCAUUAGAAAACUUAUGUGUUUGGAACGACUGGAUGUGUGAAUCUACUUCUUUAACUGCAAGUUUUAUAUCUAAAUACAGAUCAAGUAUUUCCAGUGAAAAUGUAAUGUCCCAUGCGUGGGUUGUUAAGUAUAAAAUACAUACUGGAUUUUAAAGACACAGUACAAAAAGAAUGUAAAAUAUUCUUAUAUUGAUUAUAUGUUGAAAUGAUAUUUUAGAUAAUAUGUGAGUUAAUAUAAAAUAUAUCAUUAAAAUUAAUUAUCUGUUUCUA